AUGCCUCUUGGCAUCUACCUCGAUACACCACAAGGCCGCAAACCAGCCACAUUACCAACACAUUUUAGUUUACAUGAUUUUCGAAAUUUAAUACAAAAAAAAGUUGGUAAUCCCGAACAUUAUAAUUAUUCACUAGGUGAUAUUAUUUUUCGUACAUGGAAUGAAGAAACUUUUAAUCGUCAACGGAGUGCUAUUCGUGAUGGUAUGACACUUAUUAUACAAUAUCCACCUGUUAGUUCAGAAGAAUCGUCUGAAGAUGUUCCCACUUGGAGACGAGCAUCGGUCGGCUUAUGUCUUGAUGGAGUCUGUUUAAAUAUCAAAUGUCAAGCGUUUGAACAUAAAGUUAUUAUGAAUCAAAACAUUGGCCAAGUCAAUGUUAUAACAAAUUCUACUGUGAUGAGUUCGCAAUGCCCUUUAUGUGCAACAACUAUUCAGCCAACCACAUGUGCAUUUAAUCAAUGUCAAUGGCGACUAAUAGGCGUAAAACAAGACGAUUUAACUACAUCGUCUUCUUCGUCUACUAUAACUACGGAAUGGCACGAUUCAACACAUGAAUAUCAUCGAUGGGCAGAUAGUUUCACAUCAUGGUCACAACUGACUAUUGAAACUAAGCAAUAG